GCCGGGCACGGAGCGGUGAGGAGAGGCCGGGCGGGGAGCCCCGCGCCAGGAUUUGUGUGUGAUCAGCAUUGUGCUGUACCACAGUGAAGAGGUAUUUUUCACUUCAAGAUACCUUGCAUUAAAGGAUCAUGGUAGACAGUUUAAUAGUUUCUUUGAGACUUCUCAGUUCCCUAGCAGUGUUGGGAUUUCAGUUUGUCAUCCCACAGCCUUCAAUUGAACACAGAAAGGUUCCCCAGAGGAUAGAAGAGCAAGGAGAUGCAUCUGAGGACAGCAGUGCAGGAAUCCCAGGCAUGUGGGGCAACUGGGGCCCCUGGUCUGCCUGCUCCCGGAGCUGCAGUGGAGGUGUGAUGGAGCAGACCCGGCCCUGCCUCCCCGCCUAUUACCGGGAGCGGGAUCGGGGGUACCGGCGCCCGGGGCGGCAGUUCCCGGCCUCGGACAGGACUCACCACAGCUCCCACCACGAGGACUCGCUCUCUGCCUAUCCCGGCCACGUCAUUUCUGCCAUCCGCACAUCCGUGCCGCUCCACAGGAACGAGGAGCAGCUUUGGGCUGGGCUUCGUGCCCCUGCCCCUGCCGGGGGCCGGAACAGCAGCCACGGGGGCAGGGGGACACCGAGGGGCAGCCGGCACUCCCAGAGCCAGCAGCACUCCCAGAGCCAGCAGCAUUCCCAGAACCAGCAGCACUCCCAGAGCCAGCAGCACUCCCAGACCCAGCGGCACAGCGCCCAGGCGGAAAAGAGGAACAGAAACAGAAAUCCUAUUGGUCCGGGAAAGUAUGGAUAUGGAAAAGUGCCAUACAUUUUACCUUUACAAACUGACACUGGUCAGCAGCCUCAGAAGCUCCGGAGGCAGCGCCAGUCCUCGAGGAGCCACGUGUUCCACCCGAGCCCGAGCCUCCUGAGCACCUACAGCCAAGCAGCUGGGCCUCCAGUCCAACACGGGAACCUUUAUCAAGAAGCAAGUGGGCCUCAGGCAGGACAUCAGGUCCUGGGACCCUCAGUUUAUCAGUCACCAUCGUUUCCCGCGUCUCCAAGUCUGUUCCAGAGCAGUGACCCUGUGCCAGCCCAGGCCCUGCAGGGGCAGCCCCAGCCCCAGAGGGCCACGGCCAUCGUGUGCGUCGGCACCUACAAGCAAUACAAACUCUGCAACACCAUUAUGUGUCCUGAAAGCAGCAGAAAUAUUAGAGAGGUGCAAUGUGCAUCAUACAAUAACAAGCCAUUUAUGGGUCGAUUUUAUGAAUGGGAACCUUUUGCAGAAGGUAAUAAACUGAGGUCAGGUCUAUCCUGCAGUCUAGAGCCUGAUACUAAGUUUUGAAGUGAAAGCAGUGGGAAAUACAUCUGUACAGGGCUGCAGUUGGGGGCAGUUGUGCUGCUGUCACUGAAUUGCU